AUGUUGAAAAAGACUGCAGACUAUGAUGCCAUCGUCAUCGGUGCAGGCUUUAGUGGCAUCAGGUCGCUAUGGGAACUCAAUCAGCUUGGUCUGACCGUGAAGUGCUUCGAUGCUGCAUCAGAGAUAGGAGGCACCUGGUACUGGAACCGCUAUCCUGGGGCGCGAACCGAUUGCGAUGCGUGGAUAUACAUCCUGAACUUCGCGCCGGAGUUGAUAGAGGACUGGGACUAUCAUGAGCGCUGCCCUUCUCAGGAAGAGAUUCAACGCUACCUGAGUCGUGUUGUUGACCGCUACGCUCUGCGCAAGCAUAUCGAAUUCGGCACACGAAUUGCGGCCGCACAUUACAGUGACAGUACGAAUCUCUGGACAAUCACCACUGUGGAUGGAUUGUCCACGACCUGUCGCUACUUUCUGCCGGCCACUGGAUCACUGUCAGUUCCAAAGGCUCCAAGUUUUGCCGGGCUCGACUCGUAUACCGGCGAGUGGUAUCAAGCAUCCGACUGGCCUGCGCACAAAGUUGACUUCAAGGGCAAGCGCAUUGCCAUCAUUGGUACGGGCUCCACGGGAGUCCAAAUUGUCCCCAAGCUUGCUCCUGUUGCCAAAGGACUGACAUUGUUUCAACGCACGCCAAACUACGUGCUCCCGGGACGGAAUUAUGCCAUCGACGAGUAUCAGACUGCCGAGAUCAAGAAAAACCAUGACGCUACUUGGGAACUCGCAAAUAUGCACCCAGGCGGCCAUGCGCUCAAGCCAGCAGGGAGAACAAUCAAGGGUGUGGCGGACGCGGACAAGAUCAGACAAAUCUUGGACCAUGGGUGGGAGCGUGGUUGUUUCGAGUUUUCAAUGGAGACGUUUGAUGAUUGUUUUCUGGACCCAGAAUCCAAUGAAACAGUAUCGGAAUACAUCCGGCAAAAGAUUCGCGCCAUUGUCCAGGACCCGGAAACAGCAGAGCUCCUAUGUCCGAAAUAUCCCUUGGGCUCCAAGCGCUCGCCUUGUGGGCACUUCUACUACGAGACCUUCAAUCGACCUAACGUCAAGUUAGUUGACAUAAGCCAAGAUGAGAUCGCACUUUACGAAAAAGGGAUACGCACCGGCUCUAGGGCUGAGCAUGAAUUCGACGUGAUCAUUUUCGCUCUGGGAUUCGAUGCAGGUACCGGUGCUUUAGACGAAAUCGAGGUCAAAGGCAGCCAGGACAAGUCCCUUGGGAACUAUUGGACAGAAAGGCCUCAGACUUUCGCUGGAGUCCUUGUCUCUGGAUUCCCCAACAUGUUCAUAGUCUGCGGCCUCCACAUGCCGAUAGGAAAUCAGCCGGUCAUGCUAGAGACAGCAAUGAAUUGGAUCGGGCAGACUAUCUGCCACAUGGAAAAGAGCAACCUGGCCAAGAUCAACGUCACCGAGAAAGCUGUGGACUCCUGGUCUGAUCAUGCCAACGAAAUGUGGAAUUCCGCAUUCCUAUCGAAGCACGCGGUUGAACAUCGCUCUUGGUUCAUUGGCACAAACAUGCCUGGGAGGCCUCCAAGGGUGUUGUUCUACUUUGGCGGUUUACCAAAUUGGAAAUCUUGGCUCGACAGCGAAAUCGAUUCGGGGUGGACAAAUAUGGAGUUCACCUCUCAUGCAGUCACCAACGAAGCAGCCAAAGGCUUCCCCUUUGGUCGAGAUGCUUCGGUUGGUGGCGUAUCUAUCACAGCAAAGAAACUAGAGUCUGCCGUUGUACCCUUGCAAUCAGACGAAAUCGGAAUGUCCCCGACAGAUAAGUUCAAUCUCGGCUCCAGGGCCUGCGCGCGGUACAUCGACUGGGCUGUCAAGGAGGUGAAUGACGGCGGACUGGCCGUAAAGCAGGACCAUCUUUUCCACUGGUGGAAAGCGCUACAUGACUUCGUCAAGUCGGAUUCGGGGCGGGCGCUCAUCCAGCAGAGUCCAAACACCAAAGCCGAGCUAGACCAGCUUACCUCCAAGCUGGGCGUCGAAGGUGAGGCCAUUGGCAGGAUUGGGCCCGAGCUAGUUCGCAUGCUCACUGGCCAGUCCAAUCCACUUUUCCACAUCCUUAGGGAAGACCUGCUAUUCCGCAUGUAUCUUUCCGACGAAGGUGCGCGACCGAACCGGUACGCGGCCGAUUACGCGAAACUCCUCACGUCGCAAAGGAAAGACUUGAGAAUCCUAGAGGUCGGUGCCGGUACUGGAGGCACGACGCUACAAGUUCUCAGAGCGUGCAGCCCGGACGGCCAACCCUUUUGCGCGGAGUAUAUGUACACAGAUAUUUCCAGCGGCUUCUUCAAGACUGGCCAAACUAUAUUAAAGAAGUGGGAAAGCCUACUCACGUUCAAGGCACUAAACGUCGAGAACGAUGCGGCGAAACAGGGAUUUGAAGAGCACAGCUACGAUCUCGUCAUCGCCGCAAACGUUGUGCAUGCCACGCGGUCUCUGAGCAAUUCGUUGGGCACCAUUCAUCAAGUGCUGAAACCUGGCGGUGUGGUCGCUCUCGUUGAGCUCACUAGGUUAACCCCGUACUUUAACAUGGCUUUCGGCUCGCUUUCGGGCUGGUGGCUCGGAGUUGAUGAAGGCAGGACGGGGAGUCCGUUGCAGUCUGCGGAGCAAUGGAACGAACAGCUCCUGAAAGCCGGCUUUUCCGGCGUUGAUCUGGCAGCUUAUGAUUUCCCGGAACCCGAGAGACACAGUGCUCUGUUGCUAUCGACAGCGAGGGCAAAUAAUUCGACGAGUAAAAACCUUAUAUUGCCGUUCUUCUAA